AUGAGCACACCGUUACAAGUUGAGCGACAACUUCCGUCUUUAUCACAUUCCUCUUAUUCAUUAAGUGAACAACAACACUCAGCGUCUUUAGCAAACGUUGAACAGCCUCAAAAUUUUUUUGGACACAUGCCUUCUCAAUCUUCAUGUUCUACUCCUUAUUCUUCUCCUUCUUCAAGAAUUCGAACUGUUGCUGAUUCUGAUUCCACAAAACAAUCAGGUUCUAGUAGUACUAUGAGAUUGGCAAAUACAAGCUUAGGUACCGAUGAUAACGGAAGUGCCAUUAUGAAACGAACUAACAAAACUCAUGUUCCAAGUGCGUGUGUAAAUUGCAAAAGAGCGCACCUUGCUUGUGACGUGUCAAGACCUUGUAAACGAUGUGUUGCUCUUAAUAAAGUUGAUACUUGUAUCGACAUUAAACACAAGAAACGUGGACGUCCAAAAUUGAAGGAUAAAAAACCUCAUCCAUACAAUACUCAUGCUACUGGUGACGCGAAAACUUGGGUUUCGAGUACACAAUUUCUUCCUCCUACUACUACAAAUCCUUCUCCUCGAAACCCGCAAAUUUCUCCUACUAUUACUAUGUUCUUGACUACUGCUGGUGCUCAUUGUGCUAAAGUUUCUGAUGAAUGUUUAGUUAAUAUGGGUUAUUAUCCUUAUGAACUUGUUCAUAAAUCUUUAUAUGAAUACGUUCCUCCUCCUGAUUGUGAAAGAUUACAGAAACUCAUUGAUUCUUUACUGGAGAAUGCUCAUAGAUAUUAUCAUACUCUUCAAUCCACUCAUCAAUACACUUAUCAACCUCCUUCCUUUGAUCAUCCUGUUACUUCUGAUGAUUCUGGUUUUUGUCAUGCAACUCCUGAACAAUUACAAAUUCCUGCCUAUGGUACUCUUAUUGAAGCUGCUGAUAUGAUUCAUUUAAAACAAAGGAAUGGUCAAUAUGAUUUAUAUAAUGUUAAAACUUACCUCGGUGGUGGCCUUGGUGCUGAUUUGACGCGAAAAGAUACUUGGUCCAAAUUAUAUGUUGUGGCUUUUUUCACUAGAGUUAAAACCGGUGCUUGCGUACAAAAUGAUUGUAGUAUUUAUACUCAAUCUAGAAUUAGCAAUAUUAGCAACAUUAACAAUAUUAAUGGCGCUGUCAAUAGUUUUUCAACUUCGAACACUCCAUCUACUAUCACCACUAUUGAUCCUGCUCUACUUACGAUGAAUCACCCAUCGAAUGAUAAUGUUUCCUCAAGUAUAGGUACUGGAAAAUUUGGUCUUUUAAGUCCUGUAUUAUCACCAAGACAAGGUUUAUCAGAAUUAAAUCCAUCAUCUAUAUAUAUUGAAGCUCCUCCACCACCACCAAAUCCUCAAGAUUUUCAUUCUCAUCAAAGAGCUUCUCAUUAUUCAACUUCAUUUACUUCGGUCACUCAAAAUAUUCCUAGAUCUGAUUCACCAUCUCAACCCUCUUCGUCAGUCUUAUCUGAUAGACGAUCUUUAUCGAGUAGAUCUUCGAAUAAUACUUCAUUUUAUCAUGAAAUGGAUACCAAACCUAUUAUAGACUCUUCAUUUGAGCAUAAUCAACUUGAUCGUUCAUUACAAUAUCAUCACAUACCUGCGAAUAGUGAUGUUUCACAGUCAACUCCUCAAUUCUCAAAUGAUGAACAUAAAAGUAUUAUUUCAAGAGAUUCUGAGUCUCGUGUAAACCCUCUUGGAACUGAAUCAGAUUCUACUUCUGUUACUAGGAUGAGUGUAAAUUCAUUACUAUGUUAA